AUGAGUUGCUUCUCUUUCCUGAAAAUGAUGAUGUUUGUCUUUAAUGGUGUGAUAUUUCUGGGAGGUAUAGUUUUGCUGGGCAUUGGCAUCUGGGUGAAGGUGGAUAGCACAUCCUUUGUGAAGGUCCUGGGAGCAGCAAGUCCCCACCUGAUGCAGCUGAUCAACGUGGGCUACCUUUGCAUUGCAGUUGGCAUCUUUCUUUUCCUCAUGGGUUUUAUGGGAUGCUGGGGAUCAGUGAAAGAAAGCAAAUGCCUGCUCUUGAUGUUCUUCGUUCUCACACUGAUCCUUUUCAUAGCGGAAGUGGCAGGCGCUGUGGUGGUGUUGGCUUUCUCCUCUGUGGCAGAUAUAUUUGUGGAACACUUGGAGAAAUGGGCCAUAAAGUCUUUGAAAGAGGAGUAUGGAAGGCAAACGGACCUCACAGAGAUCUGGAACACAACAAUGGAAGAGAUGAAGUGCUGUGGAUUCAACAAUUACACUGAUUUCAGCGAUUCCUACUUCUAUCAAACUUACAACAAAUACCCGUCUCCUUGCUGCCCAGAUAAAAAAGACUGCCAAGAAUCUGAAAUAGAUGAAAGCAAACAGGGCUGUUCGCAUGAAUUCCAGGUUUUCCUGAGUAAGAAUGGGAAGGUUGUUGGAGGAGUGGUUCUAGGAAUUGGGGCCCUAGAGCUGGCUGCCAUGGUUGUCUCCAUGUUCCUGUAUUGCAAGAUUGGUACUUCCAGCUGAUGAGAAACCUUCACCAUCUGCACAGCUUUGGCUCUGACUAUGUCAGGCUUCAUGCUUGCCAUGAAAGAGAUCUGACAAGCAUCCUU